GGUGAUUACAGAGAAUAAGCAGAAACAAAUCCGAAUCGCGUUUUGUGACAAGAGAAAGCCAAAAUGAGCGGACCAGCCAAAAAAGUGGUGGAUGUUGCCUUCAAAGCCGGCAAGAACAUCGACUGGGAAGGGAUGGCUAAGCUUCUCGUCUCCGAUGAAGCUCGCCGUGAAUUCUCCGGUCUCCGUCGCGCUUUCGACGAGGUUAACAGCCAACUUCAAACAAAGUUCAGCCAGGAGCCUGAGCCGAUAGACUGGGAAUAUUAUAGAAAAGGAAUUGGCCCUCGUUUGGUGGAUAUGUACAAGGAGGCUUAUGAGAGCAUUGAGAUCCCCAAGUUUGUUGACACAGUAACUCCUCAAUAUAAGCCUAAAUUUGAGGCUCUGUACGUUGAGCUUAAAGAAGCAGAGGAGAAAUCUUGGAAGGAGUCUGAGCGCUUGGAAAAGGAAAUUGCUGAAGUACAAGAGUUGAAGAAAAAUAUCAGUACUAUGACAGCAGAUGAGUACUUUGCCAAGCAUCCUGAGCUGAAGAAGAAGUUUGAUGAUGAGAUUAGGAACGAUCAAUGGGGCUAUUGAUUUUCAGACAUUUAAAGUGUAGCAAAACAUCCGAAGUUGAUGUUUUCCUUGCUGGGUUGAAUAAAUAAUAACUACAUUGAUUUUUUGUAACUUGGUUCUUCUCUUCGGUUUAAAAGGUUCUUCACAUUUCCAUUUUCAAAGUUGUCAAAAUUUUAUGGAGUUGCUUGUAGUUUAGAAACUGCUGUUUUAUUAUGGUUUCAGUUCAGACACCCACUUUUUGGAAAAUGUUGUGGUUAUGUUAAUAAAUUGUUCUGCUGAUAUAUAA